CGAAUGGUCAACAUAACCCAAAGUUGACUGCCAGAUUAGUGGACGGUGUUGUAGUUGUGUCACUUUUGAUCGCCGAUAUUUGACACACGAGAUAAAUCAUGACUUCGCUUCUCGCGCCGGAAAUCCCGCCGUCAGGUUUUUCCUUCGAUCUCUGCCAAAGAAACAAUGCCUUGAUCAAAAAAGGCUUUGCCGCUCCGAAAGUAGUCAAGACAGGUACCACCAUCGCUGGAGUAGUAUACAAGGAUGGCGUUAUUCUCGGCGGUGAUACACGAGCCACCGAGGACACUAUUGUGGCUGACAAGUACAGCUUGAAGAUCCAUUAUCUCGCCCCCAAUAUGUACUGUUGCGGAGCCGGUACAGCGGCCGACACUGAAAUGACCACCGAGAUGAUAGCUAGCCAAUUGGAGCUGCAUCGUCUGAAUACUGGCCGUGUCGUGCCUGUAUGCACCGCCAAUACUUUGAUAAAACAAAUGCUAUUCCGUUAUCAGGGUCAUAUCGGUGCUGCGCUCAUCUUGGGCGGUUUUGAUAUUGACGGACCCCAGUUGUACUGCAUUUAUCCGCAUGGUUCAACCGAGAAGUUGAAGUACACCACCAUGGGAUCUGGCUCACUGGCUGCUAUGGCGGUCUUCGAAAGCAGAUGGAAGCCUGACAUGCCGGAAGAGGAUGCGAAGCAGUUGGUGGCGGACGGCAUUCGCGCGGGCGUGUUCAACGAUCUUGCGUCGGGAUCCAACGUGGAUCUCUGCAUCAUUCGCAAGAACAGCGUCGAGUACUUGCGACCGUAUGACACCGCCAGUGUGAAGGGCGAGCGGCAGAUCAGCUAUCGCUACAAGUCCGGCACCACAUCGGUGCUCACGAAAACAAUAAAACCGAUUGUCGUGGAGGAGGAGACAGUGCGCACGAUCGAACUUAUGGACACGUCCGCAUGAAACUCCGUUAAUUAAUCUAGCGUUCUAUAUAAGCUUCAAAUAAUAAUUUUUUUUUCAAGCAAUGAGAAUUGUCGAUCAUAGAUCAAUUCGAUGUUUGUAAUAAAGAUAUUACCGGGAUUGCGCAGGAA